AACCUUUGAUUCUUUCAUCUCCAUCACCAACAACAAAACUCCUCUGUUUUUUCACUUCCCCUGUUUUCUCUUCGUUAACAUUCGAGAUAAGUCAUGGGAUAUUCCGGCAAACCUCACCACCAACUCGACGGCGAGAUACGAGAAACCACCGACGGUAAAAAAUGGGUCAUCGCCGGCAUUCCCUCACGUUCGCCGCUCAAGCAGAUUAACCUUUCUUCCGGCGUCACAGUUACCGAAACAGAGGAGCAAGAUCAGUGUCCGACGACCCCUACGGCGGUUUCCGUCAGAAUUCCAAGGGUCCCGCCGUGUCCAGCGGCGCCAAAGAAGCGAAAGCCGUCGUUGAAGUGCAGUUACGGCGUCUCCGCAAGAGAUUUCUUCUCUCCGCCGGACCUCGAAACCGUUUUCAUUCAGAGAGCUAGUUAUUAACUCUGUUUUCACAACUCUGAGCCCUCUCUUUCUCUUUCUAACCUUCUUUAAGGUUUCAAAUUAUAGAAUAAUCUUUUAUUUCUAUAAUUAGUUUUCUUCGUUUAGUCUUAAUUCUCGAAUCUGGUUUAGUACUUCAGUCUUGGAUUCUGAACUUAACUAAAUUUACUCUAUUUGUUUCUCAGUUGUAUUAAUGUUAGGACACUAAUCAAGGUUAGUGAAUAGGAAGUGUUGUUUCAUGUUUAUGUACAUCUUUAUCUCCCUUUGUUUUCAGUAUAAUUGAUGUAUAUGAUUUUAAUUAAGCUUUUAUUCAUUU